ACUAUGUACUUCGUAAACAAAAUUUCAACGAAAUACAUUUAAAAAAAUACGCAUUGUUUGUAUUUCGAAACAUUAAAUCCUCCAAUCCGUUCAGGAGUUAUGAUGUUUUAAAGAUUAGCAUAGGAUGCGAAUGUAGAAUAAGGUGUUCUGGUGCAGACCAGACAGCAGUCAAGAUCAAAAUGGAUUACGGUCAGAUGGUAGACGUGCAUUAGAAUUAAGACAAAUUCGAAUAAAAAUGGGAGUAUUUGGUCAAGCUGAUGGUAGUUCCUAUAUUGAACAUGGUAAUACUAAGGUUUUAGCCACGGUGUACGGACCACAUCAGCCACGGGGUUCUGUGGGAAGAGGUUCAGGUAAGGUUACGAAAGGCAUAGUAAAUUGUCAGUACAGUAUGGCGGUAUUCAGUUUAUCUUCUGGAGAACGCAAACGAAAACCAAGGGGUGACAGAAAAUCGCAAGAACGAUCGCUACAGUUAAAACACGCUAUGGAAGCAAUAAUACAUCUAGAAUUAUAUCCACGUUCGCAAAUAGAUAUUUAUGUUGAAAUGUUACAAGUUGAUGGAAGCGAUUUCUGUGCAUCCGUGAAUGCAGCUACUCUCGCAUUGAUCGAUGCGGGAAUUCCUAUCAAGAAUUAUGCUGUAGGGUGCACCGUGACAUUAAUCAAUAUACCAUCUCUGGAAGAUUAUGAUAAAACACUGGGAACAGGAGUGUUAGAUGCAAAUUAUGUAGAAGAAUGUGCUCCUGGUGUUACUCUCUCUGUUGUUGCAUUACCAGAUAGCGAUACUGUAUCAAAAGAUGGCUUAAUAGUAGUAGCACAAGGAGCAGGACAACGAUUACAUUUGUCACAUCUUGAAUCUUUAAAAGCACGUGUAUUAUAUGGAUGCCAAGACAUAAAAGCUAUUUUAGACCAUUCUGUUAGGCAUUAUUUAACAGAACAAUCUCUUCCUUCACUUUUUCAUGUUACAUUAGAUUAAAAAUCAAAAUAGAAAAAUUG